AUGGAAAAAUGUUUUAACUCGUAUCCAAAUGUUCUUGCUUUUAGAGCGUUACAGUUGCUUACAAAUGCCCAAUUUAAAAACGUUGGUAUUUAUAUUCUAUCUCAAAUCUCUUCUUUAAAAAGUGAAAAUAAAAAAGAAAAAUUUAGAGAAAAAUGCAAGAACCUGGCUAAUUAUCUAAUUAAUUCGAAAGAUCCAUAUGGACAUUAUCAAGAAUAUAUUUGGAAAGGAGCACUAAGAACUUGGUAUAAUAAGUACUUUACAGGGAUAACUCAACAUGGUGGAUGUUUUAUGAUUUUUAACAAUGAAGAAAAAAAUCUUUUAGAAUUAAUUUAUGAUGCAGAUGAUUUUUGCUCAAAAAAGAAACAAUAUAUUGAAAUACUAAGUAUUUAUAAAAAAAAUAAUAGUAGCAUAUAUGACUGUAAUAGUGAUCAGAACUGUUUAAGUACAUGUGGCGAAUAUAAAACGUGGUUUGAAUAUAGUAAGAAAAAACUUCAGGAUAAAAGGAGUUUCAUUGAAAAAAACUGCAAAAACAAAAAGGCACUAUUGGAAUUUCCAACAACCAAAUGCAACAUACUGAAACCUGAAACAUUUAAUCAAACUCCUGUAUGCAUAUUUAACCCUCCAGCUAUACCUGAAGAUUCUCAGUCUAAAUCAAAAAGUGUGGAAUCAGAAGAAGAUAAAAUUAAGGGUCAAGCUCUAUCUGCACCUGAUAAUCAAAAAAACAAAGAAGAUUCAUCUACACAUUCAGAUAAGGAUGAAGAUAAAAACUCUCCACAAUCUGAAGUUCUAAAUAAGGAAACCAAAACAAGUCAAAUUAGUCUUACAGAAAAUGAAACAUCACAACAUCAUUUACAGUCUGAAUCUAUAGGUACACAAUCUCAAGAUUCAAUAAAACGCCAUGAUACUGAUAUUAUGUCAUUACCUCCUAAUGUGUCAAAUUCUGUCUCACUAACACCUUUCCCCACACACCCUAUAAUUCAAAAUGGCCCUUUUAGAGGAUCAAUAUUUGAUGAUGAUGAAAUCAUAAAAAAAAUAGAAAUACAUGAAGAACACAAAAUAAAAAAUGUAAACACGACAAAUAUAAAAAAGAAAAGUUCAAAAACUAUAAUAGAAGUACAUAUGCAAGUACUCAAUGAAUAUAAAAAGGAUGAAUGGGAAUCAACUAAAGUACAAUUAUUAGAAAUAUGCAUAGAAGAGAUCAUGAAAGAGCAUUAUAGAAUAUAUAAUAAUAUAACAAAUAAUGAACAUAUAGAGAAUAUAAGUAGUAGCAAUGAGAAUGAAAAAAACAAAAUACUAUGGAAUAAGUGGAGCAAAGCGCAUAGAAGUCUUUCUGAAAAUCUUAAAAAAGCAUAUUGGUUUAUAAAUUUAAAAAAUGAAUGGAAAAAAGAAAAAUCUUCCUUAAAAAAAACUGAAGAAUUUAAUAAGAAUCAUAAAAAAGAAAUUCAAAAACUUCCAUUUAUAGAAAGAGAGAAAGAGUUAUGGAAACGGUGGAUAUCAAAAAAAAUUAUUAUUAUAGAACAAUAUAUUGAACAGGACUUGUCUGAGGAAAUAACAGAGGAAUUACAAAAUAUGUCUUGUGAAUAUGAAAAUGAAGGAACUCACGAAUAUAAAACUUUGAUAAAUACAAGAGAAGUGGAGAACAAAGUAGGUUAUAAAGAAUUAUAUAAAUAUAUAAAGAAAAAAUUACUAACAAAAUUUUGCAUACUCGUACUUAUGCUAAUAUUAGAUGAAUGCCAAAAAGAGGAACAUAUGGAAUAUAAGGAAUCUUAUUUGGAUAAUUCCAUAAAUGAAUGGAAAAAGGAUGAAAUAACAAAAAAUAUAACUGAUAUGAGCGCAGACGCUUCGGAAAAUAAGGAAAACAGCGGUGAUAAAGUAAAUACGAAAAAUAUGGAAAAUAUUAGUUAUAUAUGGAAGGAUAAUUUUAGAAAAGAGUUAAAAUAUUGGACUACAGAAGAUGAUACAUAUGUAAAUUCCAUGAAUAGUGAUAAUUACAUAAGCAAAUACUAUUGA